CAAGCGCACACAAAGGAUUUUAAGAAACAGGCAUGAAAAAUUGAGUUGCAGAUGGAGAUCAGGCACAUUGCCAUGUUAUUUGUAGUGCUGGGGAGUUGUAUCAUUUAGCAGAAAGCUAUUUGCAGUCAUUUAUUUCUUUUAAGUACUUACAUUUUACUUAUGGGGGUAAACAAAUCUGUCUGAGAAAACAAGGAUGUCAGGAAAUGAUCAAUGUCCCCCUUUUGUCUGGGGACUUUUAGCCAUGGUGGGUUUGUCUCUGAUCAUAUCCCUAAUUUUCAAUGUUUCCUACUGGAUGGAAAAGCAACGACGAGAUAAAAUCUAUGACUACCAGGAUGACUACAUUCCAGAGGAUGAUGAGUAUUACAUUGAAGAAGCACCAAUUUAUGGUAACCUUGAUAAUGUGCUUUCUGGACCAGCGGAAGAAAGCUGCUAUGAACAAAUGAAAGCCCGGCCAGAGAGAGUUGUAAAUGAAAAGCAGGAACUCUGUCCUAUGCAGGCAGAAGCUGACACACAGAUGUGCUAUGCGAUAUUGGAUCACAGCUUCAAGGUGAAAUGCAGAAAGCCAGAAGUCUACUUUUCAGACAAGGAUGAAAAUGAGAAAUUACAUGCAGUGGAUACUGAACUACCUAAAAACAAUUCGAUCCAGAAUUUCAGAGAAGAAAUAGAUGUGUCAGAAGAAAACAUUCACGAUGAUCCCAUUAGACUAUUUGGUUUGAUUCAUGCAAAGAGAGAGCAAAUAAGUAUGCAAGACAAUGAUCCAGCUUAGGGAAUGGAUGAUUUUUGUAAAAACCAACCAAAAUACUUAUAUCAUGUCAUGAUACAACUUUAAAGCAAGGGAAUAACUUAAGAGAUCAGCUGUUGUUGAUGAGGUGUUUACUAGAAGUUCAAUUUCUCUCUGGUUCAGACACCAAUUUGGCAUUCUGGCUGAUAUUAGUAAAAAAAAAAUCUGUGUUAACACAUGACAUAGAUAUUGCUUACAAUAAUGAAAUAAUGAAAAUGUACAUUAAAUAAAAACAUAAUUAUCAGAAUGAAUGGGUGACCCAUUCUUUCUGUCCUAAUCAAACUACUCAUAAUUAAUCUUCAUCUUCAAAAACAAAACAAAAAAAAUCAACUCUUCAAACUUCAUGAGCAGAUUUUAAAAAUAUUGAAGAAAAAUAAUCACAACUCCAUUCCUAUAGGGAUGAUUCACCUACCUUUACUCAGUACUUAGGGUUUUUUUUUUAAUAAAAUCACAGAAUUACACAACUUUAGAAUUGAAAGAACUUCAGUGGCCAUCUAGUUCAAUCCUUCUCCUAAAGGAAUACCUAUUAUAAUAGACCCAAUAAAUAGUCAUUCAGCUUUUAUAUAAAGAUAGACAAAGACUACCAUCUCUCAAGGUAGCCCCUUCCAAUUGUGGAUAACUGUAAUUGUUAGGAGAUUGUUUUUCCUUACAUAUAGUCUAAAUAUGACUUUGCAAUUUCCAUCUAAGAGCUCCCAGCUCGUUCCCUUCUCUGGGGCCAAAUAGGACAUGUCCAAUGCCUCUUCUAUGCAAGAGUUCUUCAUAUACUUAAACACAGUUACCAUUUCUCACUUCUCUCAUUCCUCUAGUUUUUUUCUUCACUAGGAUAAAUAUCACCAGUUUCUUUAAAUGAUCUUAACAUGACAUAGGCAUAAAGCCCUUUGCCAUCUUGGUUGCACUCCUCUAGAUGCUAUUCAACUUAUCAGUCAGCAUCCUUCUUAAAUUGUGGCAGACAGAGCUAAACAAAAUACUCUGAUAAAGUUAGAGUACACAGUGGGGAAUUGCCUUCUUUUCUUCUAUCUUUAUAAAACCAGAUUUCAGGGAACAUGGCAUAAUAGAAUUAUACACUGGACACUUAAACAACUGUUCUACCAUAUCAUUGUACUUUGGACAGGUCAUUUCAUUUCUCUGGUGCUUUUCUCCCUAUAUCCCUCAAAUGUCCCACUGGUUUAGUUUGGAGACAUGAGAAAUAUAAGGGAAGGUGUAUAGGAUAGUGUCUUGGAAGAUUUUUUAAGGGAGGUAUGCAACUUUAAGAGUAGCUGGGAGAAAGAUUGGAUAGAGUUCUGGGUCUGAAUAAAGAAGACUCAUCUUCCUGAAUUCAAAGGGUGCCUCAAAUACUUAGUAGCUGUGUGAUCCUAGGCAAAUCAAUUAACCUUGUUUGCCUAGUUUCCUCAUCUAUUAAAAAAAAAGAAAUGAAAGACUAUUCUAGUAUCUUUGCUAAGAAAACCCUAAAAUGGGCUCACACACAGUUGGACAUAACUGAAAAAUGACUAAACAACAAAUGAAUAGAUUUGAAGGAAUGGUUUGAAUAUAGAGGUCACUGAGGUCUCUUUUGGUCUUAUAGCUAUGAUUUAAGAACAUGUUGUCUUCAGGAUUUAUUUCAUUUGUGUGAAUAACAAUUAUAAUUAUAGUUUUAUAUCUUCAUCAUUUUAGAGAAACUAAAGCACAUGAGAAAAAAAUUGAAGGAGCUAGCCUUUAAGAUCAGAAAAAACAAAAAUAAAAUGUACCUGGCAAAUAGAAAAAAGAAGUUGACUUCUGUUUGAUUACUCCAGAGGGCAGAACUAGGAUCAGUGGAUGGAAGAUGCAGAGACAGAUUUCAGUUCAAAUAAAUAAGAAUUUUCUAACUUUGGAAGCCACCCAAACAGGAAACAGACUUCCUUUUUCUAAUAAAACCUAGAUGGCCAUCUCUUAUAAGUAUUAUAGGAUAUGUUCCUUCACUAAAUAAUAGAUUUAAGUUGGAUGAGCUUUAAAGAACUUCCCAACUUUAAGAUUCCAUGAGAAGAUAUUUUAUACCUGGAAAGAAUUCCAAUCCUUUCUUUCAGUUUCUUAGCUCUUAUUUAGCCUUGGCUUAUUAUGUUCCAUAACCAUCCAUAUUCAAUAGUUUAGAUCUUUGAUAAGGAAUUGUAUUAAAUUUGCAUUAAAUUAGUCUUUUUAAGUAUAAUGAGUAUGUGAAGUGACUAUCGACAUUGAAGUGUCUCACACCUCUGAGAAAAGUCAUGGACAUUCUGGGCCGGCUCAUUCAUCCCAAAUCUCAUACUGGCAGGUCUAGGUUCCCAGAAAUGUCAACAUCAUGUGAUUACAUUUGAAUUCUGUCAAUAUCCUGGAAGUAAUCCAUUUUGGUGGGUAGAUAGGAGGGUGUGAGAAACACUCUCCUUAAUAACUACUUUUAAGUUCUAAAAAUAUCAUCUUUGUAUGUGAUUAUAUGUGUAAGUAAAAGUGCAUCUAUUAGGGAUGAAUAGUUAAAAUAGUAAGUAGGGGGAAUAUAUUCCCCACCUUCAUGCCCACCAAAAAAUAAUAUCUCUAGGACCCCAAUAGAGUUAUUACUUAGUAAUAAAAAAGAAAUCAUAAGAGGUACUCAUAUAAUAAAACAAAUGCAGGAAUAAUGAACACAUCACACCACUACAUAAUAAAUAUACCACAUUCAUACAGUAAAGUAAAUGCAGGAAUAAUAAAAAUAUAUAUUCGUAAACUGUGGCAGACAGAACUGAAUGAAAUACUUUAGAUACAGUUUGACUAUGGAGUGGAAAAAUGCCCUCUUUUCUUGUGCUUUAAUGAAUCAGUAUUUCAGAAAACAGCAUGACAUGGAAGAAACAGCACUAGACUCAAGACAUCUGAGUGAAUCCUACUCUCUCAGUAAUCCACUCAAUACCUGUGGGGGAAGACUGGUCAUACAUACAAAAAUCUAGUAAGGGAAUACAAGUGAGAAAAAACCAUAUGCUCAGGGUAUUGAAGAAUUCUAGACUAAAGACUUUGAUAUAAUUAAUCUAGCCAGGAAUAUCAAUAUCACACAAAAUCUUUUUUUGCUAUGUGCUCCCUUUCUGAUCCCCAUUGCUCUCUAGUUGAUCAAAUUCUUCUUUUUCCCACUCUUGAAUUAGCAAAGCAUUUGCAAAUUUUUUAGUUAGUCACUGAAAAGGGGGUUAGGAAAAAGGUAUAAUAUUGAUUUGGCUAACAAUAUCCUUUACACCAAACAGCAAAGUCCAUCAUAAGAUUUCUUCUUUCUAGAAAAGGCAGAUAAACCCACUGAAGUGUUCACUCUCCAAAAUACUAAAGGAUUAUACAAAUUUGUGGCAAAAAGAACUCAUUGUUCUCAAGUAGAGCUGUCUCACCUGUUCUUCCCCUUUCUGCUUAUCUAUCUUAAGCUAAAUAAAGCAACAAAGAACAAAAAGUCAUGCUGAGGAACUUCAGAAUGGCAAUAACCAUAAGUGAAACUCUCUUCCAAUGAACUCUAGUUUUAUCCAGUCCUUCAGGAAAUAGUCACUGAAACCUUCUUGUCAGCUAAUUAAUUGCUCCUGCUUUUUUCAUACUGCUGUAACAAAACAGCCUUGAUGAUGAUGAGCUUUCCCUCUCCUGAUGAUUAUAUACUACUCCUAUCAGGUUUCUUCAAUUUCCUGUGACUCUUCAUGUCAGUCAUCAGAACUUUCCAAAAUUUGUUGACUCAAAUUUAAUUUUAUAUAGUAAAACAAAAAGAAAAAAACAGCAAACUCACAUACCUCCAUGAGAUGAACAUUCCUUGUUUAAUAUUCACUUAGUUUUCAAACACUUAUAUGGUAUUUUUUUUUAUUAUGUAAGCUUUAUCUUCCUAACUCUGAAAAGAGUUAUAUUCAAAUGAUUUGAGGGAUUAUAAUAUCCUGCAGCUCCAAUUAUUUAUCAGUAGUGACUUUUCCAGAGUCUCUCUUUGAAAACUAACAUUUUCUAAAAUUUUGUAAGAAAAGUUCUUUCUCUGCGUCAUUAGCCAGUCAAAUUGUUCACAUAUAAAAAAGUCAUCAAUCUACAUCCUUUGCAAAAUCAUGUAAGACUUUAUGCUGCAAUUUAUAUUCUGUCCUAAACUGAUUAUAUACAUCUGUAGAUAAUUUCAUCACAUAUGGAUUUUUAAACCAAAGGUUUUUUCAGACUAUUUUCAGGUAUCAAACUGUUCACCUAUUAAGAUCUUAUAUCUUUAUUUCAGUUGAUUUAUUUUUUUUAAUUUAAUUAUACAAGAGCAAUUUUUCUGCCUCAUUCAACACUAAAAUACUCCAUAUAAAAGAGAAGUUCCUUACAUAAGGAUAGGAAACCAAUAAAAACCUUCUUCUAAUAAAUAAAUACUAUGGAAUAUCUACGACCCCUUGAUAACAUUGCAGUAGAAAACAGAAUAUGGGAACUUUUUUUUUGCUAGAGAUCGAAUGAUAUCAUUCUCUAUACUCAAUGAAAUCCGAUGACUCCCUAGCAACUCGAGGGUUAAAUAUAAAUCCUCUGUUUAACAUACAGAGCCUUCAUAACCUAACUCUGAUACUUCCCCCUUCCCUUUCUAGUCUUAUACCUUAUACUGUAUCCUCUCUACCACAUAUGCUCCAUCCAGUUACACUGGCCUCCUUUCUCACCUUCUUAUAGUAUGCUUUAUUUUUCAACUCUGGACAUUUUCACAGACUGUCCCCCAAUUCUCUUCUCCCCUCCAAAUCUUAACUAAAAUCUUACCUUUUACUGGAAACCUUUUCUGAUCCCUCUUAAUCCUGGUAAGGUUUCAGGAAUUUUUUAUUUCUUUUUCCUUCUCUUGCAUCUUUUGAUGAAUAUUAACCUUAAUUGAUCAAAAUGUAUUGCAAAGGAUAUAAAAAUUUAUUUAAGAGCAUUAAAUAUUCCUUAGAUAAGAAGUCAGAGGAAGAAUCUCAACUGUCUCUAAUUCUUUGGCCACACAUAAAUCCUCCUGAAUUAGGUUAUUUAUAAAUCUCCAAAUGUAGCUUAAUCUGUAACCUUAGUUUACCUAUAGAAUUUGUUUGACAAAAUUUCUUUCCUUAGGGGAUAUAUUAAAUUAUCAUUCUCUUUAACUGUUCAACUUUCAUGGCACUGAAAGAAAUAUAGGAUUAUGGAGUUAUCUUCUCUUUAGCUUUCAUGAUCUAAGAGGAAUGAACAAGGUUGCAAUAUGUAGAAGAGUUGGUUUUUUUUCAGAUGUAAUUUUGCCUAUGAGCAGUCUUGUCAGAAUCCUCAGGUUCUUUCUGAGACCUGAACCCUAUGCUUGAACAUAAAAAUAAUAGAAAAUAAAAUAUCUAUCAUUUCUGCAUUGAAAUAAAUAGACUUUUAGCAACAAUUAACCUACCACAUGAACUCAGGGUGAUGAUAUUUUUUUUAUAACAUUACCUUACCUCUGUUAAUUAUCUCUUAUUUAUCCUGUAUAGAGUUUGCUUAUAUUUGUUUGUUAUUUCUUCAUUAAAAUAUAAAUGGGGUUAGGGACUGUCUUUAUUUUUCUUUGAAAGUCCAUUGUGGAGCACAGUGCCUGGCAUAUAGUAGUCAAUAAAGGCUCAUUUAUUUAACUGACUGAGGUGGAAAAAUAAAUAAAAUAUCUUAUUAUCUA